AUGUUAUCAUCAAUUUCAAAAAAUAUAUAUAGAUAUAGUAGUAGUAGUAGUAGAACAGUUAAUAGUUCUACAUUGAUUAGAAAUAAUCAUGUUUUUAAAAAUAGUUUAGUUAGUCAGUCGAUUUCAAUGAAUGUUGUUGGUGGUGCUGUUGUUGGAAGAUGUAAUUACUCAAAGAAGAAUAAUGAUCUUGAAAAUGUCAAUCAGAUGCAAGAAGAAUUGAAAAAGAUGACACAAGGAAUGUCGGUAGAGGAAAUCAAUGCAGAGAUCAAGAAGAAAGAAGAACAAUUGAGACAACAGAAGAAUAACAAUUCACAAGAUAAAUCAUCAUCAACAACCGAUAGUGAUGCUACUGAUGAUGCAUCAUCGAAAGAAGCAGCCAGCGAUAGUAAACUUAGAAAGGAGAUAUUGGUCAUUGGUUUGUGUGCAGUGUUGGCAGGUGUUGUAUUCGUAAGAGACUACAAGAGACAAUCUGCAGCGACACACGAUUUCAAUAUCGCUUGGGACAACCUAAAGACACUAGUCGACAAACGUGAUAACCUCUUAAAGUCAAAGGAGACACUCAUCGCCAACAUCACAGAUGCCGUCACCCGUCAAAAUCCAUCGGCAACACCAGAACAAGUCAAACAACAAAUCGAAUUCAUUUUGAACAACAUAUUAGUAGAGAACAAAGAGAUUACAGAAGUAUCGCUACCAUCAAGUUCCGAUCAACAAAAGAGUAAAUAUGGAAGAAUUUAA